GGCCGGGCAAAGUGAAUACCCCGGGCAAAGCGAAUACUCCCCACUACUCCUAAAUUAUUAGUUUGUCAUUCAACACGCCACUACUGUUACGUUCGGCCAUCUUGAUUUAGUACGCGGCAAACAUCGAAGCGAGGGGCCGCGUCGCGUCCCGUCCGCGGAACGAAGAUUUGUGUUUUCGUAAAUAAAAGAUUGAUUUUACGCGAUGGUAAAUAAAUAUAAAAAAAAAACUAAGCAAGGGACGUGGGAGGAAAAUGCUAUGCAAACGGCUAUUAAUUUGUGCAAAGCUGGAGAAUCAAUAAAAAGCACAGCUAAAAAGUAUGGUUUGGCUUAUGCAACCUUGUAUAGGCAUGUAAAAACCGGCAUCGCUGCUCCAAAACUUGGUAGAUUCCGUCCUGUUUUCACUGAAGAUCAGGAAAUAGAGUUGGUGACAUAUCUCAAAGAUAUGGAUGCUGUAUUUUUUGGCUUGACUCGAGAUGAAUUUAAACAUUUAGCGUUCAUCUACGCCAAGAAAAAUAAUUUGAACUACCCGAAAAACUGGGACAAGUACGAAAAAGCUGGAGAUGAUUGGUUAUCGUCAUUUUUGUCUCGUCACAAUCAAAUAUCCCUCAGGACUCCAGAGGCAACAUCGGUUGCAAGGGCAAAAGGAUUUAACAGACGCGAAGUUGGACGUUUUUAUGAAAACCUUGAAGCUUUAACAGUAAAACAUGAUAUUGAUGCAUCCAGAUUAUAUAACAUGGAUGAAACUGGUAUAUCUACAACCACAAAUAAGCCGCCUAAAGUGCUAUCAACGAAAGGAAAAAAACAAGUGGGCAUAAUCGCCAGUGCAGAACGUGGUCAACUAACGACAGUCAUAGGUUGUUGUAAUGCCGCUGGUUCAUUUCUCCCACCAUUCUUAAUUUUCGCCAGAAAAAAGAUGCAACCCAGACUACUUGAUGGUGCGCCUCCCGGCACUCAAGGAACCUGUACUCCAAAUGGCUGGACUUCAGGUGAGGUGUUCUUUGAUUGGAUGCAUUUUUUUGUGGAACAUGUUCGACCUACCCCUGAGAAAAAAAUACUUCUAUUAUUGGAUAACCACGAGAGCCACAAGUAUUACCCAGCUUUAGAUUACGCAACUAAGAACAACGUCGUAAUUUUAUCCUUGGCCCCACACACAACCCACAAAAUGCAGCCCAUGGAUGUAGCGGUCUACGGCCCACUGAAAACUUACUUUGAAAGGGAGGUAAAUUUUUUCCAAAAAUCGCACCCAGGACGCAUUAUAAAUCAAUACGAUGUAGCCAGACUGUUAUCACCAGCUUUUCUGAAAAGUGCAGUAGCUCAAAAUGCAGUUCAUGGAUUUGAAAGACCUGGUAUUUGGCCAGUUAAUAAAUAUGCUUUUGGUGACGAAGAUUACGAACCAGCCGCUGUGAUUGCAGGCACAUCUAAUAUGAAUAUUGGCACAGAAACUACAAACUUAAUAGAAACGAUCGAUAUUUCCAGACCUUUUGCAGACACUUCUUCAACUCCAUCGCCUUCACUUUUUCAAGAACUGAUUCCAUCAAAUUCAGUAGAUCCUUUAUCAGAAAUAUUUCCAUCUCGAAACAGAACUCCCUCUUGUGAGUUUCAAGACUUUGUUGCGCCCAUUGUUAACACGCCUGAAAAUAUUCGUAGCGACAGGUGUACACCUGAACCAGAACCUGGAUGUUCGCGAAUUGUCUCCGCUUUUGGGCCAGAUAUAGCUACUCAGAAAGGUGAUGCAGUGCUGCCGGAAACUGAAGUAAAUAUUCGACUAAAUACUAGCCGUGACAACUCACCUGAUCCAAAACCGGGAUGCUCAGCCUCCCACUGCAGUCCCUUGGUGUUAAGACCUUUGUGUACACCUGAACCAGAACCUGGAUGUUCCCGAAUUGUCUCCGCUUUUGGGCCAGACAUAGCUGCUCAGAGAGGUGACACAGUUCUGCCGGAAACUGAAGUAAAUAUUCCACAAAAUACUAGCCCUGACAACUCACCUGAUCCGAAACCGGGAUGCUCAGCCUCCCACUGCAGUCCCUUGAUGUUAAGACCUAUUCCAAAUCCUGCCAAACCAAUGACCACGCGUAAACGGAAAUUACAAAAAUCGGAAAUAUUAACCAGUACCCCGAUCAAGGAAGAUCAAAAGCAGAAAUAUGACAAAAAUAAAGUUAAGAAUAUUACUAAAAGACUGAAUGAUAAGUCAAAAAAUGUUCCUAAGAAGACUAAUACAGAGAAGAAAGACAAAAGAACUGCUAAAAAGGUUAAACAGCCAAAGAAAAUGAAAGAAUUUAAGGACAUUUUAUGUUUUUUUUGCAGUGAAAUAUAUAUUGAAGAAGACGGUAAACCAAUUGAAAACUGGAUUCAAUGUGACAUUUGUCAACAAUGGUGUCACGAAGAUUGUUCUGCUUUUGAUGGCACUCAAGGGUAUACCUGUGAUAAUUGCCAAUCUUAAUUUUCUAAUUUUAUGGUCAAGUUAUGUUUAUUUUUCAGUUUAUCAAAGUUAUUUCAGAGAUUGAAUAUGAGUAUUCACUUUGCCCAAGUACCGUGUUCACUUUACCCGGGGUACCGGGCAAAGCAAAUACUUUCGUACUUUUUUUAAUUUUAAUUGCAGUUGAUUAUUGUUUAAAUAUUAAUGUUAACUGGUGUACCUAAUUACAAGAGCAAUAAAUAAAGACUGAUUUGUGAUAAUUAUUUUGUUUUUGUAUUGUAUACAUUUUCUGCUAUAACCUUAAAUACCUUAAGGUAUCCACUUUGCCCGA